CUGAAUGUAGUGAUACAGGUAGUCGGUAGUCGUGGUGAUGUUCAGCCCUUCAUAGCACUAGGCACAGCUCUCCGCCGUUACGGUCAUAGAGUUCGCCUCGCCACACAUGACAACUUUGCCAAGUUCGUAACCGACUCUGGCCUAGAGUUCUUCCCGAUCGGCGGGGACCCUGCAGACUUGAUGUCGUAUAUGGUUCGGAACCCUGGCCUGAUACCCUCGAUGGAGUCUUUGAAGGGCGGCGACGUGGGGAAGAAACGCCGGAUGAUACGCCAAAUGCUCCAUGGAUGUUGGCGAUCCUGCAUCGAUCCCGACCCCAUCAGCAGUCGACCGUUCGUUGCUGACGCCAUCAUCGCCAACCCUCCGAGCUUCGCCCAUGUUCAUUGCGCGCAAGCCCUCGGCAUUCCGGCGCACAUUAUGUUCACCAUG